AUGGCAAUUCAGAAACCCUCCACAUGCUCCUCCAAGCAAAAGCGCAACAAGGCACCUGUAGCCAAGAAAUGCCGAGGCAAAAGCAAUAACAAAGGGAAGAAACAACUUCGAUUCUCGUUAGAAGAGCCAGAUGCUCUUGCCGCCAACUGCUGCGAAGCCGACCUGUAUCAUCGUCGCCACGAGAUUUGGUACACACGCGAAGAGUACACCGAGUUCCAUCAAGAUCGUUUCGAGACCAUCAAGCGCUUUCGGGCCUCGAGUUGCGAUACUGCUCAACUCGCAGACAGUCAAUGUGUGCGAGGACUCGAGCCAUUUUGGACGCCCCAGGGUCAUCGGGAAUUGCAAGGCUGUCGGAAACUCCACAAAUCGACCGUCAUGCUCGAACAAGCCCGACAGAAUCUGACGCAUAUCAAGGAUGCUGAUCGAUUUCGUACCAUGGUUCUGUCUCAAUCGGAACAAGCUCAGAAACGAGCUCAAGAAUUGGCUGCUUUGGAUGAACUGGAAGCCAACAAGGUGUACAAUCCAUCCAUGGCGGAAACUAGCAGCAGCAGCAGCAGCAGUAUUCCACCAUCCCAUCCUGCACUGCCGCAACAGCAGCAACCACCAACGAAGCAAGACUCUGAAAAUGUCUCUCCAAGAUCUACCAUUGCCUUUGUCCCUCCCAUUCCCGCCACAGCUGGCCUUCCUUCGCCCGCCUUGCUGAGUUCCGAACAGAUUCGGGCACUCCAAGAGGACAAUGCGCGUCGAUUGAUGGAAAUGUACUUUUCGGGCAGCACGAACCCAAACUUUCGAUUCCCCAUUCGCAGGGACAGUCUCGUGGGGGGUGCACGAUUCAUUCACGCCAUGAUGAUUUCCCAACAAGAUGGUGCCUAG